UCUCUGUCUCUGUCUCUCUCUUUCUCUCCUUCUCUCUUUCUUCUUCUUCUCAUUUAACAUCUACUCAUAUCAGCUUUGACACCUCCCUAUGGCGCAACUCCCCCCCGUGUUUCGUCGACUGCGCCGACCGCUACGACGAGGGCCGCUACCGCGACUACUAGCGACCCUCACCGCAACGAUAGUAAGUGCCGCGGUGGUGUUAUAUGUUGUGCUGGCGUACCCGCUGGCCUCCGAUCCGCGGCUGGUGCCCGCCCCUUUGCAGCGCGCCCGCCAUAUCCUGCUAGUGACUGCCCACCCCGACGACGAGACCCUCUUCUUCAGCCCAACCAUCCUCUACCACCGCCAACACCCCGAGGUCACUCGCGCCUUGCUCGCCCUCUCUUCAGGCAACUACAACGGGCUGGGCGAUGUCCGCCAGGACGAGAUCCACCGCAGCUGCGACCGCCUAGGCAUCGCGCGCGAGCGGUGCAUUGUCCUCGACCGUGGCGAGCUGCAGGACAACCCCAAGGCCUGGUGGGACGAGGACCUCAUCCGUGAACAAGUGGCGCAGUACGUGCAGCAAUGGCAGAUCGACCUGCUGUACACCUUCGACGACGGCGGGGUGUCCGGCCAUAUCAACCACCGGGCUGUGAGCGCCGGGGUGAGAAAAUUCAUCCACACCACCCCCAAUGCGCCUCCCGUCUACAUGCUGCAGAGCACCUUCCUGCUGCGCAAAUAUGCCUCGCUGAUCGAUCUGCCCCGCACGGCCCUCCCCUUUGCCGGGCGCAUCCUGCGCGCCCUCAUGCUCAGCCCCCAGCAGGACCCGAGUCUCGCGCAGUCCGACCGCUACGAGGAGGCGGCGCUGCUGGUCAGCUCGUGGGAGACCUACCGUGUCGCGCGGGCGGCAUUUGCGCAGCACGCGAGUCAAUACUCGUGGGACCGGGUGUUGUAUCUCGUGGUGAGCCGGUAUAUGUGGUACAACAACCUCGUGCGCAUGCGAUAGCGGGUGAUGGGCGGGGGCUUUACGGUUGACGCCGCUGUAGACGGAUCGAAGCAGAAAUUCUAAUGUAUUCAAAUCGAAUCGACACUAUACAAAGUUCAAACCCCCAACUAAAUGUUCAUGAGAAGGAGAAAAUGAGAAAUGAGAAAUGAGAAUGCCAUCAAAUGAAGGAUCUACACCAUUUUGCCCUCCGACUUGGACGCCUCGGUACGGCUCAUCUCCCCCCGGCGCGAGACACGUCGGCCGCGCACGACGCAGAAGCCGACUGCCCCGAUGAAGGACCCCAGGAAGACCACGAUGACGAGGAAGGCCAGCCGUUGGUCGCAGCGCGCAAAGAACUUGAUCCACUGUGCGUCCCGCCCGUGCCACGAGGAAGACCCCAGGUGCUGGAAGAGCGGAGUGUUCACGAAUCCGUUGAGCAUGUGCAGGGUCGGCCGGUCGGGAGGGCCGGCCAGGACACGGAGGCUGGCGCGGUGGGAUUGCAGGGUGAAGAUGGUU